AGCGCAAUGGAGACGAGGAGGUGGUUCAGUAAAGAUGGGUGGGGGAGUCCAGAGCUCCAGCUGGUGUUUGGCUAAUGACGCGGGAUCAGGUGGAGGAAAAGCUCCUUAUGGAGGGGAGGGGGACAGAAAUACUGUGACAGGGUGGUGAAAGGCGCAUUCGCUCCGCGGACAGCACAUCAGCACCGAGCAACAGCAGCAGCAGCUGUUAGAACAGCUCCCGACUCUUCGUACGGACUUCAUCCCCACUAUCUGCUCAAUCGACGGGCCACCGGCCGGUUCCUGCUCCCCGCGUGGGUUUGUGUUUGAGGAAUCGCGCCACAGGAGGCGUUAAAGAGGCUUACUCCAGGUUAACAGAAGGCUCUGAGAUGUUGUGGCUGCUGCUCUGUCUGCUUCCUCCCGUGAGUUACGGCAGGAUCGUCGCCCAGAACAACGCUCACACCGAAAGACACAACCAUGAGGCGACUGGUGGCACCACGACAAGGCCUCACAUCUACUUCUGCCGCUCGCCAAACAUGGAGGACUUCACCUGCUGGUGGCAUCCACUCAGCAACCUGACAGACGGAGAGGAAGUCACCCACAUCCUCACCUACUCCAAAGAGAAGGAAGCCAAACUGGAAUGUCCAGACUAUGUGACUGGCGGCCCCAACAGCUGCCACUUUGACAGCAGCCACACAUCUAUAUGGAUGGUGUACUGUUUGACCGUGACCGCCAUAACCACCCACAGAAACUACACCUCCAAGCAGCACUGCCUGGACGUGGCGGAAAUAGUUCAGACGGAAACACCAGUCAACCUGACCUACAACCUGACAGACGUCGGUGGUGAUGAAAUGGGCCACAAUGCGCUGAUCUCCUGGACCUACCCGGUGCCUGCCCAUGUGCAGUACGGUUGGAUCACGCUGGUCUAUGAGCUGCAGUACAGACGUAUUACCGAGCCAGACAACUGGAAGGGGAAGUAUCCUCUGCGUGAGCCUCAGGUGGAGCUGUUUGGACUCCCUGUUGACGACUACGUGGUCCGAGUUCGUUGCCGUGCGCAGCACUCCAAGCUGUGGAGUGACUGGAGCGCCACGCUGGUGAUGAGCAUCCCCCCGAGGCAGUCUGCAGGUAAAUUGCUGGUGCUGAUUCUGGUGACUGGAGUUGGCGUUGUGGCUCUGCUUGUUAUCACCUUCAGUAUUGUUCUACAAAGCAAGAGAAUAAAAGAGUACUUCCUGCCACCCAUUCCAAAGCCACGGAUCAUCGGGAUUGACCCAUUGCUCCUGAAGAAGGGGAACUUGGACGAAAUCAACCGCCACUUCAGUAACUUCCACAGCUACAGGCCUCCAAGCUACUCUGAGGAAGUCUGGGACCACGUCAGCACUGAUGACAUCUAUCUCACCACACCGAAGCACAGCAGCGACGCACACAACCCUUCGGAAUCAGAGAGGGAGACCUUAAUAGUUCCCUGCAACCCGGCGUCCUUAGAAGUGUCCACCCGGCAUCAGCUCACAGCUCUAAACCCAAACUCGUACAUGCAGAAUGUGCCACCUUACUGCUCUUUACCCAAUGAAGCCUUCACCCCACCUCUGAGUAUUCCUUCCCCGUGGCCGAUGCCAGAGAUCGUAUCACUGCCCCGGACGGACUACAUGAUGGAACAUCCCAGCCUUUCCAACACCAUCCCCACUCCAGACCUCACUUUCAGCACCAGCCCCUCACCGCAGGACUUCUACACCUGUGUCCAGCUCUUAAAUGAAAGUGGUGAGGUGCAUCUAGUGCCAUGCUUGCCGCCGCCAUACUGCAGGGAGUUCCCACCUCUCCCAAGGGCUAAUUUAGAUACUGCAAAGAAGGAGGAGAAAAAGAAGACAACCAACCACCAAACUAGGAAGAAUGAUGGUGGCAACUCUGAGAAGAGUGAGGCGGCUGUCCCUCUGCUGCCUGUUGCUGUUGACAACAGUGGCUGAGUCACAGGAAGGAGAUCCAUAAACUUUGAGAAAAUGCGUCUAACGCAGAGACUUUUAAAAUAUGCAAAGUAAAAUCUCCUGUAACCUGCUGGUUUGACUGGAAAGUGAUACUGUUCUGUUCCACACUAUUCAAGCUUCAAAGAAGAAGAGCACCUGGUUGACUUAACAACAGGAAGUAAAUCUGCAAGCUCAAAGAGCCUUUUUUUUAGCUUGCUAACAUCCUGAUCUAGUAUUGGAAACCAUUUAAAAGACUAUGGACCAACAAUACUGAUGCAAUAAAGAACAUUAUGUUUCGAUGACCAACAUUUGGGCCCUCACAGUAUUGAAACUGAUCAUUUCAAAGACACUUGGCUAAAUUUUAAGCUUCACAUGCACUAUGCUAGAGCUAAAAUCAAAGAAAUCAAUAGUUAAGAGGAAAAAAAAUCAAGACUAAAUUAAUACAAGCAAGCACGUCAUCCACAAAAGCUGGAUUUCCUGAUGAGAUUAACACUGAGCUCUAUUUAUGGGUAAUGGAGUUCAUCAAACUUGAGGAAGCGUAACUGUAAAUAAAAUAAUAUAAAUGUCACUUUACCACUCGCUGCUUUUCCCCAAAGCUUCUCAUUCAGGGUUGUAUGUCUUCUCAGGAAAAAGUGCAAUCUGAUGUUGAAGGGUGUUUGAUUUACGGGGAUUGUUUAACUUUCAUCCCACUGUUUUCUCUUUCAGUGUCAUUAAAGCAACAUCUGGUGCAUAUUACACAUAUAUGUUACAAAGCUGUAAAUAUGGCAAUCUUCAUGUCCAGGAUAUCAACUUAUUCCAUUGUGUAGUACUUACAUGUCCCGGCCUUGUAGGGGAAUAUUUGCAUCACACUCUGCAUCACUUUCAGAAUGUGAGUCUGGCACAUUUCAGUGGGUGUCCCAGACUGGGGAGGAAUAAAAAAACAAAAAAAAAUUAUAUAUAUAUAUAUAUGUG